UUUGCGGCUGCGCAGUUCUGCUGUGGAUGUUUUUAGUUGGAUUAUGUUGUUUCAGAAAUCUAACUUUAAACUUCGGAAACCGUGAACGUAACGGCGCGUUUAGAGAGUUUCCAGGUAAACGGAUUACACUGGUAUUUACCUGCACGCAACAAUUAUCACGGUGAUAAUGGACAAAGGCUCUGCGGUUCUGCAGGGGGCUUUCCUGCUGGCAGACAAACUGUGUCGCCCCUCAUUUCUAUCCUGCGUGAACAAAUCCGACUGGAUCGCGGCGGGACGCCCGAUCCUACAGGCUCUGCAGGAAGUCUGUGAACUGGAGGAAGCUGACGGUCAUCACAGCUCGACCUGGACGAAGAAGGUGGUCUGUGCUGUGUGGCUGAAGCUCUUGAGCGCUGAGGAGGAUGUUGAGAGAGCGUGGAGGGAGAACCCCUUUUUUUCCUUCCAGCAGAGCCUCCCUGAAGUUAACCAUGUUGUCCUGUUGGAGUUGGUGAAGAACGCUGCUGCUUCACAUGUUUACGCAGGUUUUCUCCUUCAUCUUCCUGAAGAUUUGAUCUGCUUGGAGCUGAAGAGGCUGGUAGAGCAUGUGAAGAGCGAGCCUACAAGCGAAGAGGAUGUUCAUUUCUUUCUAGAGAUGUGGCGGGAGCUGUGGAAAGGCCAAGAGCAAGCCAAGCUCAGAAACGACGAGAGCAUGGAGAUGAUGUUUGCCAAGCAGGUUGCUCGUCUCACCUCCAUGUCUUCUAGUUUGUCUCCUCAGGCUGCCAAGAGGUUAAAGCUGGAGACACAAGACUCAGCAGAGGCUGAUGUUUUCCACAUUCUCCUCAAUGCCCUCAAAGACAUGGCAGAUCACGUCUCCUCAUUAGACCUGUGCUUCCAGUCUCUCUCCAUGUCCCUUGAUGCUCUUUUUACAUCAUUUCUGAUAGACCGAGAAGUUGUUCUAUCAGCUCAGGAGAAGAUGGACAUCCUGUGUAAAGCCAUCAGUACUAAAGGAAAGAAUGAAAAACUUCAACCUGAACUUGUUGAAGAAGCUCAGAGACAUUUACGGGCUUCGAUUUCCCCGUCUCAGUUCAAAGUCAGGAGGAUGGAUCUGGGUGAAGCUCUGAGGGUCAUAGCAGAACUUAGUCAGUCUUGGAAAGACCGAGGACUCUUGGACGUCCAGGACGGCUCUCGCUCCUCCUACUCUGCUUUCCAGCUGGAGCAAAGUGUCCAGAGAGUCUCCACUGCUCUGGAAGAAGCUCCCACAGCAGCGACAGAGAAGAACCUGCUCGUGGCUGUGCUGAAGUCUCUGGUUCUUCCUGUCACAGAGAGCAGCCCUGAGGUGCAUGCUCAGGUGCUCUCCACCAUCAUCACUCACCGCCUGGAAGACCACGAGAGCUUCGCUGCCUUGUUUGCCAGAGAGCCGCCCUGGACGCACUGUGAUGAAGGCUGGAUGGAUUGCCUGGAGAGGAGCCAAGCUUCCUUCCGUCAGCAUGACGCCGUGAUCGGCCUCUCCUCUACUCUAAUGAACAAACUACGCAUGGAGAAUGCAGACGUCAGCCAGUGCAGAAAGCUGAUGAAAAUCAUAGCAGAUAUCUUCUCCAGCCUUUCCUUAGAAGACAUGAACAAAGCCUUGGUGUCCAUGUUAAGAUUGUCUAGGAAGGGCUUCUUCGAAUUCCCCGUUCCUCCUGAGGUGGCUGGAGGGUUUGAGCAGGAGCUCAACAUGGCCUUCAACUGCAUCAUCCAAGCAGGAAGUGGAGCGUCCUCAGCUGUUCCUCAAGGGAACCUGACCACGGCCGUCUCACUCGUAGCCAGAGUGGCUUUUCAGAACCCAGAAGGCGCCUUACGGUCCUGCUGCCACUCAGCUGUUUUCAAUAAAGGAGCAUUUUCGAUGAUGGCAAAGAUCCUGCAGCAUCUGCCUGGACUCAGCGGUCAGAGAGGAGGAGAUGGAGAUGGAAGGAGGAGCGGAGAGGAGAACACGGCUAAAGACGGGACCUCUAGUCUGCUCUGCAGGUGCCUACACCAGACGGUCAAGGACAAGUCCCUGUCAGCCAACGAGAAGGAACAGUUUGCCAAAUUCCUCGGUCUGCUGAUGGGUCCAAACGUGGACGAGGGAAAGGAACAAAGCUUCCUGUCACCUCAGGAGGUUAUAAACACCUUCGUCCUCCCUAACCUUUCAUCUGUAGGUUCCUCCUCUGUGGAUGCAGAGUUGAGUCUGCAGCUUCUUCACACAGCUUUGUCCUUGGAUGUGCAGCCAGGAGCCUCCAGCUCUCACUGGCUGAUGGACUGUUCUCCUUUUCCCCUCCUUUUUGUUCUCGCUCAGAUCCACGACCAAAACCUCAGGUUUUGGGAGGAACCGCCAAAAGGUGGCGUCCGCCUCUGCUCUGUGGACACCAAGGAGCUUCUGGUGUCUGUGAUGACCACAGUGGGGCAAGUGGUGGGUGCAGAAGUGGCAGCCGCCCCCAGUAGCUGGUCCAGAGCCCUCUUCUGGCUCUACAACAAACUGGAGGAGUUGGACUGGACGGUUCGGUUCCACCUGAAGCCGUUGUGGGGGCAGCACUUUAAAAACGAGGUGCCCUCAUCUCUGCUGGAUGUGUGCGAUCUGCCUGAGCAGGAGUGGUGCGGUUUGGACCUGCCUCCGUACGGACAGGGCACAGGUCUUCUGGCGUGGCUGGAGUGCUGCUCUCUGUCAGACUCCUUGCAGUCCACCAUGCUGUCAUGUCUGUCGCUGGACCAGCACCAGCCUCACCACGUGAACAUGUUCAGCAAAGGCCUGCUGGUGGGUCUGACCCAGAUCCUCCCCUGGUGCUCCGUCUCACAGUGGAGCAGGGUUCUGAAGGUCCUGAAGGAACUGAUCGCCUCCAACCGGCUGAACGUCCCCUUCUCUUUGGAAUACGUGGAGUUUCUGCCUCUGCUGGACCUCCGGCAGUUCUCCUGUGAGCUCCGCGUGUCCGUUCUCCUGCUCCGGGCGUUCCAGCUACUCUGUGGUUCCAGCUGCUCCCAUUGGCUGCCCGCUGACGGCUGGGCCCAUGCUGGCAGGCUGUACGCCCACGCAGUUAGGAACGUGUUGAGCUCUGUUAAAGUCAAGCUGCAGCUUCCUACAGCGAGCACCGCAGCCGUCUCUGAGUCAACUCCUCCAGAACCAGCACCAUCCGGAGAUCCAAACUCUGCUGUCAGUCCAUACCAAGACUCCUGCAUGAACGGCCGGGCCCCCCCAGACCCUGGAGUCUCCAAAGAGGGACAUGUGGAGAGCAAAAGCCAGGAGGUCCUCUUCGUUCUCAGCCAGCUCUUCUGCCACGUUCAGCACAUCCAGGUGAUGAUGCCUGGAGGUCAGAGUGAACCUCUGUUCCUGUGCAGUCUGGAGAUCCUCAGCUCCUACGAGGCCAUCAUGGCCGCCUUCCCCGACAGCUGCAGCCCGCUGGAGAGCGACAACACGCGUCACUUCUUCUCCACCAUCACGGACAACCUGCUCAACCAGGAGAUGAAAGCGGUCCUGCAGCAGAAGAUUGCUCAGCUGGUGUCAUCAGCAGCGUGACGCUCCAAUGGACGCUAUGCAGAAAGAAAACACGCUGACGCACCUGCACAGGUGCAACAAGCUGUCCUUGAAUCUGCUUAUAGUAAGCCUUCCCCAACAAAACAAAUGUCAGAAUGAAAAGCAAGAACAAUGAAGUCAGGACAGUUUUUGGUUUUCUCAUGUCAUUCAGGUUUGUUCUUUUGUAAAUAAAGUUCUAAUAUCUACAA